UCAGUUAUAAUUUUCACGUCAUAGCGUUAAGAUCGUGCGCGUUCUUUCGUUGAGCACUUUUUUCAAAUUACGGUCGGGUAAAGUUGCUCUUUGAAAAUAAAAAUUAAAAGGGAACUUUUAUUAAGAAAAAAUAUUAGGGGUUAAUUUAUUUUUAUACAACAGUUCAAAAAAUAACCAACAAGGGAUUUAAUCCACUCCAUUAAAAAAAAAAAAGAAAUACCAAAUAAACACAACAACCACCUUUAAGGAUUAUUAAACAUAUUAAAAACAACAACAACAAAAUAUUAACAAAAACUAUAACAAAAUGUAUUAAAAUACUAAACUGUGUUAAAAAUUUUUUAAAAAGCGUUUUUUUUUUUCUUUCAAAAAAUCGCCUUAAAUUAUAAUUUUGCCAAAAAAGUGUUAUUUUUUUUAAACGUUAUUCAUUUACGUUGAAUUAAAAGUUUAUUGUAUUGAAAUAAACAAAAAUGGGUCUUACCGAAAUACCUUCAAGUUAUAUGGCUCAAAGUACGGGUGGUGGUCAUGUUAUGGUUAUGGAACAACAUCAUCACCAUCAUCAUCAUGUGGAACAUCAUGACAAGGAUACGAAAAUGAGUAGUAAAAAGAAAAUGCAUUUGCUGAAGAAAAUCAAAAAACGUUUUGGUUUAGUACGUCGUUCACCAUCAUCUUGCCCGGGACCCAAUAACUUGCCACCCCUACAAUUUCAUCAUGUGCAUGGUGAUAAUAUACGCAUUUCUCGUGAUGGCACGUUGGCUAGACGUUUCGAGAGUUUUUGUCGCGCCAUUACCUUUUCCGCUCGUCCGGUGCGCAUUAAUGAAAGAAUUUGUGUAAAAUUUGCUGAAAUUUCAAACAAUUGGAAUGGUGGCAUACGUUUCGGUUUCACUAGCAAUGAUCCUGCCACUCUUGAGGGUACGCUGCCCAAAUAUGCCUGUCCUGAUUUGACAAAUCGUCCUGGGUUCUGGGCUAAGGCUUUGCAUGAACAAUACUGUGAAAAAGAUAAUGUUUUAUAUUAUUAUGUCAAUUCGGCGGGAGAUGUUAUUUAUGGUAUUAAUAAUGAGGAAAAGGGUGUGAUAUUGUCGGGCAUUGAUACCCGAGGUUUACUAUGGACUAUUAUAGAUAUUUAUGGUAAUUGUACGGGUAUUGAGUUCUUAGAUGCCCGCAUUUAUAUGUAUCAACAAAGUGGUGGCGUAGGCUUGCCUCCCGCCUUAAUGGCUCCCGGCAUGACCGGUACUUUACCGGGACCUCAGAUGGCUGGCCUUAAUCCUCAUCAUCCUAAUCAACAAUCUAGAAGAUCUUUACCUGCAGGCCAGUAUGAACAUGAGUUGGAGCGUACGGUUAUGACUUCUAUGCAGUCACUUAAUUUGACCGGUGACCAGGUGGCUUUGGCCUCUGAUUUAGCCAAUGGCUUGCCUCCUUUAAGAUACAAUGCCAAUGGUCGUUUAAUACCAGUGCCCUUUCACAUUACCAAAGGACGUAAUGUACGUUUAUCACAUGAUCGUUUUAUAGCCUCACGCACGGAAAAUGAUUUCUGUCAGGGUUAUGUUUUCACUGCCCGUCCCAUAAGAAUAGGCGAGAAGAUAAUAGUGCAAAUAUUGAAAACUGAACAAAUGUAUGUGGGAGCAUUGGCUUUGGGUUUGACCUCAUGCAAUCCAUCGGCCCUGCAGCCCGGUGACUUGCCCAACGAUUCGGACUUUCUAUUAGAUCGUCCCGAAUACUGGGUGGUGAGCAAGGAUAUAGCAGCCGCUCCCCAAAGAGGCGAUGAAAUAGCCUUCUUUGUGGCACCCAAUGGUGAGGUGACCAUUAGCAAAAAUAACGGCCCCGCGGUAGUGGUGAUGCAUGUUGAUCAAUCUUUACAAUUGUGGGCCUUUUUAGAUGUCUAUGGAUCCACACAAUCGGUGCGCAUGUUCCGUCAACAACUGCCCAAUAUGGUCAAUUAUCCGCCCUCAGCCGUGGCCGGCUCCUCGCAACGCAUAGUCAACAUACCCGUUUCCGAGUCUAUUAACAGUUUGAAUAGUCAAAUCUCCGAUAAUCGCAAAAUCAUACACCCCUCCCAGCUAAAUGUAACACACGGCACUAUAAGCGCCUCCACCUCCACAUUGGCCUCGAUGCAAUCGACUAAUAAUUUGGCGGCCGGUACCACCUCAGGUAUAUUAAAUGGUACUUGCUCACCACCCUCAGGCGGUGGACGUAUGAUUAGUAUGCCCUCGACUGGUGAAAUGAUACAAAUACAACCGAAUGGUGGCGGUACUGUGUUGGUGGUAAAUCUACCGCCUGCCACUUCAGCCAUGGAUUUGAAUAGUGCUCUGUCUGCCUCACAGGCACGCAUCAAUCAGACAACGAAUACAGCGAAUGCUGCUGCAGCUGCUGCCGGCGGCAACUCUUGUUCAAGUGGUGCCAGCAGUAGUUCAAAUGUUAAUACUUUAGUGGGAAAUCUAACAAACGCACAAUUUAUGGAGCCCCACACUGCCUCAUCAAUAGCUGCUAAUAAUUGUGCCUCGGUUACCAGUCAAAAACUAAUUGAUCAUAGCGAUUCUGCCGGUGCUGAAUGUACCAUUUGCUAUGAAAAUCAAAUUGAUUCAGUUCUUUACAGUUGUGGUCAUAUGUGCAUGUGCUAUGACUGUGCCAUUGAACAAUGGCGUGGUGUAGGCGGUGGACAGUGUCCUCUUUGUCGGGCUGUUAUUAGAGAUGUUAUACGCACUUAUACCACAUAAGUUUUCUCAAUAAAAAUAACUACUGCCCAAGUUAAGCCUAAACAAGAACUGAUUAGAUUUUUUUUAACAAAGAAAAAGAGAGUGAAAAAGAUGUAUACAAUAUGAAUGGAAAAAACGAGAUCCUAUGGAAACUUGAUUAUAUU